AUGUCGAUGCCGCCGACGAUGUACCCGCCCCCGAAUGGGAUCCCGACGCAGCAGUACUCGUACUACGCCCCGCCGCCGCCGCCGCCGGUGAAGACGAGCGGGUCCGACGUCCCGGCGUGGAUGUGGGUCGGCCUGGGCGUCGUCCUCGGGACGGCUGGAGGAAAGAUCUUCGGGGCGAAGAAGCAGGACAUGCAGACGAUGAUGAUGCAACAGAUGAUGAAGUCGAUGACGGGCGGGGGGAUGCCGGGCGGGAUGCCGGGUGGGAUGCCGGGCAUGCCGGGCAUGCCAGGCAUGCCGGGUACGCCGCCGGGUGGGAUGCCCCCGUUCGGUGCGCAGCCGCCUGUGGACGUGAAGCCGAGCGCGCCGAAACCGGCGGCAGUGAAGCCGGCGGCGGCGAAGCCGGCGACGGCGGCGGCGCCAACGUCCUCCGGACGAGGCAGCGCGGCGGCUACGAAGCCGACAGAGGAACCGAGCGAAACCGUCAAGUCUGAGUUCUCCGCCUUCGCCGACCAAGAGAUCCCGGUGGUCGAACCGACGAUGACGUCGACGAACCCAUUCUUCGACGACGCUGAAGCUGAUGAGUCGACUGCUACCGGCGGUGAAGACGAUGACGUCAGCGAGCAGGACAUGGCUUACAUGCAGGACAUGCUUCGGAAUCCGGAGAUGCAAAAGCUCAUGUACCCAUACCUCCCAGAGUUCAUGCGCAACGAACAAACGUUCGAGAUGUUGCUCUCCAACCCGCAGUACAAGGAUCAGCUCAAGGGCAUCAUGAAGCAGAUGAAGGCUGGCGGCAUGGGCUCCCCGGGCGGCGGCAUGGGUAUGCCGGACAUCAACUCCCCGGAAGUGCAAGAGCAAUUUGCGCAAAUGGGCAUGAAGCCGGAGGACGUGCUGACGAAGAUUAUGCAAGACCCGGACCUUGCGCAGGCUUUCCAAAACCCAAAGAUUCAAGCCGCCGUCAUGGAUUGUUCCACGAACCCCAUGAACAUUACCAAGUACCAAAAUGACCCAGAGAUCAUGAAGACGUUUGAGAAGCUCGCGCAGUUGUUCCCGCAAGACGUCAGCGGCAUGAUGGGCCAACAAUAA